UCACGUGCCAUGUAAAACAUUAUUGCCAAUUUUCUCUGUGACAAACUGACACAGUAUAAUGUAUAUUAAAUCGCACGCGUAGCGCGAAUAAUGAGACAUGCGAGUAAUUAGUUAAGGGGCUCAUCAUCCAGUAACCAAUGCCUGAAAUUCAAUUCGGCAAUGACGCCGCCGGCGAGCAAGGAGCAAUACCGACUCGAGCAAGAGGCGUUUGUCUCCAAUCACGGGGGUACGACGCCGCAGGAGGUGGUUUUCACCCUUCUGCCGGCCGUAUGCGGUGUCCUGCUGGCCACGACAACUCUGGGGAUCCUUAGGAGGUACACGAUCCACGCGAAUCCGAGGGUCGUCCUAGAGUUCGUGUUAACUGUCAUCCCGACCGUCUUGUGCUGCACCGUGCUGUCGGGGCAUAUCGGUAGCGUAUGCGUAAUCAUGAUAUCGGUUUCCCUGCUGAACAUAAUGUUGCUGCUGAGCAGCAAGGGGAUUAAUUUCCCCGGUUUGACUAUGCGGCUGCCGGUAAUCGGCAAGAGACCCUUUAUAACUAAUUUCCGCGCGCUGACUAACAUUAUUACUGCGAUUUGUAUAUUAGCCGUCGAUUUUCCCAUCUUCCCACGAAGGUUCGCCAAGACGGAAGUGUACGGAUACAGUUUAAUGGACACGGGGGUCGGGCUGUUCGUGUUGGCGAACGCAUUGGUCGCGCCAGAAGCUCGAGAUUUCUCUACUUAUCGUCAAACGGGUUUUUCGGAAACAUUAGUGAGAAAUAUGAAGGGCUGCCUUCGGAGUUGCGCACCUCUCCUGGCAUUGGGCUUCGGGCGUUUCGCGAUGGUCGAGUACGUGGGGUAUCAAAAGCACGUGACCGAGUACGGGGUUCAUUGGAACUUUUUUAUAACUCUGGCUAUCGUCAAGUUGUUCACUAGCAUGAUCACCAGCACCAUUAGCUCGAAGUAUUCGUUACUCUCAGGUAUAUGGAUAUUGUGGAUGCAUGAAUACACCAUGAGUACCAAAGGUUUAAAGACGUGGGUCUUGCGAGACGGUCCGAGAGACGACUUUUUCUCCGCUAAUCGAGAGGGUCUAAUUUCUGUACCUGGUUACGUAGGAUUGUACUUUGUCGGUGUGGCUAUCGGACGGUUAAUACAUUCAACAUAUCAGAAUUCGCACACGAGAUCGAGUACGGACAUUUCUGUGAAAUUGAACGGUUUCGAAUUUGGGGUGCGCUCCAAUGAGUCUAUGCUGUUGUGUAUUAAAUUAUUCUUGAUCUCUGCGCAAACUUACAUUGUGAUGUUAUUCUGCGAUUUCAAGGUUUCGAGAAGAUUAGCCAAUGCUGGAUAUUGCAUGUGGAUAGUGAUUCUAACAACUACACUACUUGGUUUCUUGUUGUUCGUAGAGAUUGUGUUAGAUGUAAUUAAUUCUGCGAUAAGCGAGCCAUGUAUCGAAAGCAAAACUGAGAGAUUGCGUAAAAGUUUGCGAUUGAAUUUGAAGAAACAUGUGGAGAGUAAGACAGAAGAAAACGAUGAAUGCGCAAUCAAGAGAUCUUUAGAGAUUUUUGAUGCUGUAAAUUACAAUGGCCUCUUCUUUUUUCUUGUUAGUAAUGUUGUGACUGGUCUUGUCAAUAUGUCAGUGUACACGUUAUAUACCAAACAAUCGGUAGCUCUAUUAAUAUUAAUUAUAUAUAUGGCUGUGAAUAUUCUUUCAGCACUGAUACUUUAUAGACUUAAAAUUUCGAUCAAACUCUGAAAUAUAUGCGAAAAAGAUAAUUAGUCAAUAUUAAUGAAUUUACAAUGUUUGAUCGAAAUUUUGAUCGUUUUGCUGAAAGCAGUAUUUUUUUAUAAAUCUUUGUUUAUUAUAUUAAAGACAUUAUAUAAUUUAUAUUAUUAAUUUAUGUCUAAACGUGUACAGUGAAUUUUAAGAAUUAUUCUUAUUUUUAAAAAUUACAUUCUAAUUCUCGUAUGGCCAAAUAUAGAUAUAUAAUUGAAUAUUAUAGAUAACAUAUAUGUAAACUUUAAUUACGAAUUAAUAAUUAAGAGAAAUUACUGCCAAAUGCAACUCAGACAUAUCGAAAUUUA